AUAGCUAGAAAUUUGAUGGAUGAUUUUCCUCAUCACUUUGGAUAUUCAAUACUGAUUCUAGUUAUUAUUCACACAAUUUUUGUUCUGAUUGCCCUUCUAGUGACCUCAGGAAGAGAUCCUGGCAUAGUGCCUCGCAAUUGGUAUCCUCCGGUGCCACAAGUUAACGGCGAAAGUGUCAGUGUCGAUAUCGAACACAAUAUUCUAGCAUGUCAUUUACCACAAAUCAAGGAAGUAAUUAUCAAUGGUACAAUUGUUAAAGCAAAACAUUGUGAUACCUGCAUGCUAUAUAGACCUCCUCGUUGUUCUCAUUGCUCAAUAUGCGAUAAUUGCGUGGAGCGAUUCGAUCAUCACUGCUCAUGGGUUGGUCAGUGUAUUGGACUGCGAAAUUAUCGGUUUUACUACGUGUUUGUUUUGUCUACAAUGCUUCUUUUCCUAUAUAUUCAUGGAUUUUGCUGGCUCUACAUCAAGAGGAUCCAAGGCUUGGAAGAGAUAUCAAUUUGGAAAGCAAUGAUCAAAACUCCUGCUUCCAUUGCACUAAUAGUAUACUCCUUCAUUUCUGUAUUGUUAGUUGGAAGACUCGUUGUUCUUCAUACAUAUCUAAUCAUCACAAAUCGGACUACUUAUGAAAAUAUUAGAUACAAGUAUGAUCCACAAGUCAAGUGUUAUAACAAAGGGGUGAUUGAGAAUUUCAAAGAAGUGUUCUUAUCUUCAAUUCCUCCAUCCAAAAACAAUUUCAGGUCUAAAGUUUCAAUUCCGAAAGAACUGUCAGAAUCAUCAUCAAGACGAAAAGGUGUUGAUUUAAGAGAAACAUAUGUGGAUAUUAGCAGGUUGCUUCAUAUAGAGAGCAUGCAGGCACAAGUUGAUUCCUUUCUAGAGCGAAGUAGCAAGAAAUUAGAAAUAAAUCUUGAAGUUUUCGAUGAGAUACACGAUAGGGAAUCAAAUUGGAUCAUUGAUGAUGGUAGUAAUGAGCUUGGUGACAACUCAACAAAAAUAUCUACACUUGUAGAAAAACUCAAAGAAGAAGAAGAAGACAAUUUAUAG